AAAUAAAUAAAAAUACACAAGAAAGACAAAAAAAACACAAAAUUAAGCAAACAAUUGCUGUUGUCAACAAGAAUAUAAACACCACAAAAUAUUCCGAAACGGAAAUAUGGUCAAAAAACAGAAAAAACAAAGAAAAAAGUACUAAGUGAACAAAAAAACACACAAAUGAUGACAACACAAAAAUAAUGAAACCAAAAUAAUUCAGCACAACAGUUGAAACGAGACAAAAACACGACAAAACGAAAAGACAAAAAAAAUACAAAUGUUUUACCAAAACAGAAACAAGCGACGUUUCGGGAACUGCUAUCUGCUCCCGUCCUCAGGCAGAGACGCACAUGGUACGGAAACACAGGUGCGACUGAGAAGGGGCUGGAAAAUGAGGGUAUUUAUCAGAGAAAGGGCUACAUCUUUAUUUAUUUUAUUUAUUAGUUUUUCUUCAACAGAAAAAGUUCUUAGCAAUGGCGUAUGUCCAAAAACUUACAUCAAGUCAUGCGCUCCCAUUGCACAAAUCUUUUAAAGAUAACAUGAACUUUAUAGUUCUACGUACACUCGGUCAAACGUCACCCUCUCAUCGGCUGCUGUCUUGUGAAGGUGUCCCAAUGUAGUAGCGGCCCGUGAUUCCGACACAGCUUCGGUCGAGUGUUUCUCACCGGGAUCGGAGUCAUCCGGGUGAGUUGCGAGCCAAUAGCAGAGGCAGCACUGAGGUGUAACUGCAUGAAUUUCAGGCUGUCGUGAAAUGAAUCCGCGGUUUUUUUCCGGUCUCUAACAAUUGUUUAUUUUUGUAUUUUCUUUUGUUUGAUGCAUGGGUAAAUGCAGUGUGUUCACGAUAACGCAAUGCAGCGCCAGACUGCCAUGACGCGCGGGCGUGUGCUGCUGGCGUGCUGCCUCCUGGCCGGCGCGGCUGCCGCCCAGGACACGGCCCCGGCUGGCUGGCUGACCCCGGCGGCAGGCCCCACCACCCCGGUCGCCCCCGGCAACCUCACCAGCUCCGUCGCCGAGAGGGACGGCAGGAUAUUCUUCUUCCCGCUGUUCCGGGUGGCCAGGUUCGCCAACACGCAGUGCACGGCCACCAACAACCUGAACGGCACGUGCUUCACGCGCUCCGAGUGCUCCGGCUACGGAGGCACGGCGUCUGGCACGUGCGCCAGCGGCCUGGGCGUCUGCUGCGUCAUCCUGAAGGAGUGCGGCACGACGUCCCGGAUCAACUGCACGUACUUCUCGAGCCCCAGCUACCCGACGGCGUACACGGACAGCGGCAGGUGCACCAUCGGCAUCUACAAGUGCAACACCAACGUGUGUCAGCUCCGUAUCGACUUCAUCGACUUCACGAUCGCGCAGCCCAACUCGGAUGGCGUGUGCGUCACGGACUUCAUGGUCGUGACGGGCAGCACGUCGACGGUCCCCGUCAUCUGCGGCGACAACACGGGCGAGCACAUCUACGUGAACUUCCCAACGGGCAGCACGCCCAUAGAGAUCACCAUCUCCACCAGCUCCACCUCCACCGUGGCGCGCCGCUGGCUGCUCAAGGUCACGCAGAUCGAGUGCACGGACCCCUGGAGAGCUCCGGUUGGCUGCCUCAUGUACUUCAAGGACAUAUCUGGGACCGUGAAGAGCUUCAACUACAACACGCUGGCCCCCACCACGACUCCGUUCGGCACGCGCCAGCUCGCCAACACCAACUACGGGGUGUGCGUGCGCAUGGCGGACGGCUACUGCUCCAUCCAGUGGAGCCAGAACACGGGCGACGCCUACUCCUUCACCGUCACCGGGGACACGUCCGGACUCGACACCACAGUUCUCGGCACGGUGACGGCUCAGCUGACCGGGUCGAACUGCACCACCGACUUCAUCGUGAUCCCCAACCCCUUCCAGGGGGGCCUGGCCGUCGACUCGGACCGCUUCUGUGGCAACGGGCUGGCCGACACCAUCACUUUUUCAAAACCGUUUGUCCUGACGGUGGUGACGAAUGCAGACGAGACGACGGGAACAGUUCCUGACAACGACAACCGGGGCUUCUGCCUGACCUUCACGCAGUUGCCGUGCAUGGCGUAGCAACCGCUCAACUGUUCUCCGCCUCAUAGCCCAACCUUCAGAAAGAAAACCAUAAUAUUUACCCUGCUUUUGAUGUCAGUCGGAACAGCGUUUCCAUAAGGCUUUUCAAACAAAAGUUUUUGUGAAAUUUCUUCACAUGGUUAUAGAUCAAGUGCAGAAUUAUGGAGAAGUGAAUGAUGUAUCUCGAGGAAUCAAAUAAACAGCUGCUUCAUACACAUUUUGCAUGAGUUGAUUGGCUUCCUUUUCAAAAAAUUUUGUUCUUUAAAAAUGGAACUGACUGUUUGCUAAACAUUAAGUACAUAAUUCUUUAUUAUAGUCAACAGGUAGGGCCACCCAAAAGUGGUAAAUAAAAAAAGAAUUUCAUCAUU